AUGUCCAACAAUCUAUAUUGCUUGCCGGAGAGUGGAGAAAGGCGUGCCCUUGGAGUAUUUGUGGAACUUGGUCUUGAGGAUGUCGUGAACGUGUCGGGGUUGGAGGUGAUGUUAUCGAAGACGUGGAAAUACCAUGAAACGAUUUAUGUGCUUGAAGAUCCUAUAAAUACAGGAGGAACAUCAAUGUCGAGCCAUAUUUCCACUGAGGGUUGCGAGAAGAUGGCUGAGAGUGUGUUCUUGUUAGUUCAUCAUCGGGGAAAGAUCGAUGAAAACACAAGUGAGGGUGUAACGUUCAGUAGCAAGAAACAGAUUGGAGUGUUCAUAAAUCCAUCAACGAGUUUAGAUGAUUUACGAAAUAGCAUAUUACAAAAGUUAGGUAAGUGCGGUAAAAGGCUUGUCAAGCAGAUGUUCUUCAGGAUCCCUAUCUCACUCAGGCAGGGUUACGUGAAGUUUGGAAAAUAUGAGAUGUUAGGCGAUGAUGACAUUCGUGUUAUAUUUCACAGUCAAUCGAGAUUUCCAGAUUUGGGAGCUAUGGAGUUGUUCGCAAAAAUGGCUGAUGUGGAGGGUAGCUCCGGCGGAUCUGCUCCAAAUCCGCCCACAAUCGGGGUAGAUGGUGCUUCAAGUGCCAUUCCAAUUCGUCACGAUGUCACCGCCCAUGUUUCAUCUCCGUCAUUUGCAGUCGAUCUGGCUGUUCAUGCCGAAGAUGGGGAUUGCUUGGGUGAUGUACGAACCUUCGGGGAGCUUGUAGCGGCAAUCAGAGAGGGACCGGUAUUGGAUGGUGCAACUACGUUCAUGGAGGUCAGAGAUAGGGAUCCAGUUGCUGAGGCCAUUGGUGAUGAUGAUUCAGAUUUGGAACCACCCGUUAUCGGUGAUGAAUCUAACGAUGAGGAUGACACAAGACCAGUUGCACCAUCGCAAGGCCAAACAAGUUCUCAGACACAACAGUACCCUCCACACUUCUCUACAUUGGAUCUUGAGGCGAUGAAUCAACCAGCAUUUCCAGGUCGACAAAUGUCAAGUAUUCACAGAGACGAGCAUGGUAUGCAUGGGGCAGAGGAGUUUGAGGUCAGGCAGCGGUUCCAGAGCAAGGAGGAGGCAGUGUUGAUGGUGAAGAAUUAUAAUAUCCGUCGUGGUGUUCAGUAUAAGCGGAAAGGAUACUGGGAAGUCCGGAAGUACAAUGGGCCUCACACAUGUCUUGCAACCGAGCUGUCCACCGACCACAGGCAGCUUGAUUAUCAUGUAAUAUGUGCGUCAAUUCUAUCGCUGGUCAGGGCGGAUGUGGCAAUCUCGGUGAAAGUACUGCAGAAUGCAGUGUCAACGACAUAUGGUUUCAAGCCCAGCUACCGGAAGGUGUGGAUGGCUAAGCAGAAGGCGAUUGCACAGAUUUAUGGUGAUUGGGAGGAAUCUUACAACAUAAUUCCGAGGUGGAUAAUCGGGGUUCAGAUGUACAUGCCCGACAGUAUUGCAGUAUUUCAUACUUCACCUGUAAGGUCUGGUAAUGCGGUUGAUGAGUCGAGGGUGUUUUUUCAUCGAUUGUUUUGGACGUUUCCGCCAUGCAUUGAGGCAUUCAAGUAUUGCAAGCCACUGAUAUCCAUUGAUGGUACCCAUCUGUAUGGCAAGUACGGCGAAACAUUACUCAUGGCAAUUGCACAAGAUGGAAACUCGAACAUACUCCCAGUUGCGUUUGGACUAGUCAAGGGUGAGAACACUGAGUCAUGGAAGUUCUUUCUUACCCACCUUCGCCAACAUGUGACCCCACAGCCGGGCAUUCUAGUUAUAUCUGACCGCCACAAUGAAAUCAAGGCCGCGCUAGUUGUAGAAGACGGUGGGUGGCUCCCACCGGUCGCCUAUCGUGCAUAUUGUGCCAGCACAUAG